AUGGCCGAUAAAUACUCCAUUAUUUUGCCUACUUACAACGAGAAGAAAAACUUGCCCAUUCUCGUGUACCUUUUGGACAAAACCUUCAGAGAGGAAGGUAUCAACUGGGAAGUUGUGAUUGUCGAUGAUAACUCUCCAGAUGGAACCCAAAAGGUUGCCGAAAAAUUGAUCGACAUCUUUGGCCCUGAGCACAUCCAGUUGAGAGCAAGAGCUGGCAAAUUGGGUUUGGGCACUGCUUACGUUCAUGGUUUGCAAUACGUUACUGGUAACUUCGUCAUUAUCAUGGACGCUGAUUUCUCCCACCACCCAGAGGCUAUUCCAAAGUUCAUUGCCAAGCAGAAGGAAGACGACUACGACAUUGUCACCGGUACUCGUUACGCUGGCGACGGUGGUGUUUUCGGUUGGGACUUGAAGAGAAAGUUGGUGUCUAGAGGUGCCAACUUCCUUGCCUCUACUGUUUUGAGACCAAACGUUUCUGACUUGACCGGCUCGUUCAGAUUGUACAAGAAGGAUGUUUUGGCCAAGGUCAUCGACGAGACAAAGUCUAAGGGUUACGUUUUCCAGAUGGAGAUGAUGGUGAGAGCCAAGGCCCUCGGUUUCAAUGUAGGCGAGGUUCCUAUUAACUUCGUUGACAGAUUGUACGGUGAGUCCAAGUUGGGAGGUGACGAGAUCGUUCAGUACUUGAAGGGUGUGUGGUCUUUGUUUGUGAGUGUAUAG